AUGGGAACUGCUGUUCUUGAAGCUGUGACUGUGGAAUUGCCUGCAAGUGUUGUUCACAAGGAAAACAGCCAUAUCACUCCUUCUGAUCCACAGGAACUUGAUGCGGGAGCUCUCUUUGUUCUCAAAUCUAGAGGAUCAUGGUUACACAGCGGGUAUCAUUUGACGACAUCGAUAGUUGCUCCAGCACUUUUGAUUCUUCCAUUCUCGUUCAGCUUAUUAGGAUGGGUUGGUGGAAUUGUGUGUUUGGUUCUAGCUGGUCUCGUCACCUUUUAUUCAUACAACCUUUUAUCUGCUGUCUUGGAGCACCAUGCUCAGCUUGGCCGUCGCCAGCUUCGCCUCAGAGAUAUGGCCAGGGACAUUUUAGGACCACGAUGGGCCAAAUAUUACAUAGGCCCACUUCAGUUUGCUAUUUGUAUCGGUACUGUUGUUGGUGGGCCUCUUGUGGUUGGGAAAAGCCUUAAGUUUAUUUACACGCUGUACAACCCAACAGGAUCGAUGAAGCUGUAUCAAUUCAUUGCGAUAAGUGGGGUGGCCACAUUGGGGAUAGCUCAGAUUCCAUCAUUUCACUCUCUAAGGCACUUGAAUCUUCUUUCUCUUUUUCUCUGUCUGGCUUAUAGCGCUUGUGUCACAGUGGGUUCCAUAUAUAUCGGUCAUUCCAAGCACGCACCCACCAGAAACUAUUCAGUCCAAGGGAGUAGCAUAGACCAACUCCUUGGCAUCUUCAAUGGCAUUUCAAUCAUUUCCACCACUUACGCAUGUGGUAUCAUUCCUGAAAUACAGGCAACAAUAGCACCGCCAGUGAAAGGAAAGAUGUUCAAAGGACUAUGUUUAUGCUAUUCAGUGGUCGUCACAAAUUAUUUUAGCGUUGCAAUAUCAGGAUACUGGGCAUUUGGAAGUCAGAUUCAUCCAACCAUUAUUGCUAGCUUCAUGGGAGACGGAGUACACAAGCCUUUGCUUCCCAAGUGGUUUCUGUUGAUGACCAACUUAUUCAUUCUUGUCCAAGUACUAGCAGUCACCGUGAGCUAUAUGCAGCCAACAAAUGAGUUGUUUGAAUCGAUGUUUGGGGACCCGACCAAGGGAGAGUUUUCACUUAGGAAUGUUGUGCCAAGAGUGAUUUCAAGGUCAUCAUCAGUGGUGGUAGCCACACUAUUGGCUGCAAUGUUGCCAUUCUUCCAAGACAUAACGGCAAUUUUUGGUGCAUUUGCGGUCAUUCCUAUAGACUUCAUUUUGCCAAUGGUUUUCUUCAAUCUUACCUUCAAGCCCUCUAAACGUAGUCUCAUCUUUUGGGUCAACACCGUGAUAGCUUUAGCAUCCUCAGUUUUGUUUGCAAUUGGCGCAAUAGCAUCAAUUAGACAGAUGGUUCUUGAUGCCAAAACGUACAGUUUAUUUGCUGACGGAUAGAGCAACAAUAUAUACGUAUAGUUUAUCAGUCCAUAUUAUUAUUGGUUUUCAAGGUUCUGGUUUAGCAGUGGAAGGAGAGUGAUGAAGUUCAGAUUUUGUUCAACUCUUGGAGAGUCUCAGAUUUUUGGAGGGAUUUGAUCAAAGCCAGAACUUGGGGAAGCCUUCUUCACUCUACCAUUGUAACAAAUGGGUGAAAUGGAAAGAUACAGGUGCAUGAAGGGCACAUUUGAAUCAGGUUAGAUCAUAUUGAAUAACAAGGUUUUGCAAGUUUGGUUAAGGUCCGGAUAAGUGUGAGCAAGAUUGGAAUUCUUUUGGGUAAGGUUUGGCAAGCUUUUG